CUCCAUCUCAGCUGAAUGUGAACCUCCUCACCAGCUCUCUCUCAGUCUCAGUUCUGCUCUCACUCAGCACUUCCUGGAGUUGUGCAGAGGGGACCCUGCACAGCUGCAAGUGGUGGCCCUGGUACCUGGAGUUCCCAAGGGCAGAACCACAGCUCACUCCCCUCUUGGAGCACAGAGAUUGACAUUCAGCCACAUUGAGCCAAGCCCAGAGCUGAAGAGGGACAAGGCUCCAGACCCACCACUCCUCCAGCCACCCCUUGGCCACUCACCUUUCUGCCAGACAAAGACAUUGGGCUGCAGAGCACUGGGGUCAACAUUAAUAACAGCGACCAGCACGUCCCGCAGGGUGGUAUUUCGGAUUUCUUCAAUCUCCUUCUUGGAGAACAGCCUAAGUUGGAGGAAGUAGAAGCCACUGGGAUGGGAAGGGGAUGCAGGCCUCCAGCAACCCCAGGCCCAAGGAUCCAGCAUUGCCCCCCCUGCACAACCUCACCAAGAUGGCUGCUUUGGGACACACAUUUCCCUUCUAUGCUGGCCCCAAGCCAACCUUCCCGAUGGACACCACUUCGGCCACCAUCAUCAUGAUCUUUCUGACUGCACUGGCCACGUUCAUCGUCAUCCUGCCUGGCAUUCGGGGAAAGACGAGGCUGUUCUGGCUGCUUCGGGUGGUGACCAGCUUAUUCAUCGGGGCUGCAAUCUUGGCUGUGAAUUUCAGUUCUGAGUGGUCUGUGGGCCAGGUCAGCACCAACACAUCAUACAAGGCCUUCAGUUCUGAGUGGAUCAGCGCUGAUAUUGGGCUGCAGGUCGGGCUGGGUGGAGUCAACAUCACACUCACAGGGACCCCCGUGCAGCAGCUGAAUGAGACCAUCAAUUACAACGAGGAGUUCACCUGGCGCCUGGGCGAGAACUAUGCUGAGGAGUAUGCAAAGGCUCUGGAGAAGGGGCUGCCAGACCCUGUGCUGUACCUAGCUGAGAAGUUCACUCCAAGAAGCCCAUGUGGCCUAUACCGCCAGUACCGCCUGGCGGGACACUACGCCUCAGCCAUGCUAUGGGUGGCAUUCCUCUGCUGGCUGCUGGCCAAUGUGAUGCUCUCCAUGCCUGUGCUGGUAUAUGGUGGCUACAUGCUAUUGGCCACAGGCAUCUUCCAGCUGUUGGCUCUGCUCUUCUUCUCCAUGGCCACAUCACUCACCUCACCCUGUCCCCUGCACCUGGGUGCUUCUGUGCUGCAUACUCACCAUGGACCUGCUUUCUGGAUCACAUUGACCACAGGACUGCUGUGCGUGCUGCUGGGCCUGGCUAUGGCGGUGGCCCACAGGAUUCAGCCUCACAGGCUGAAGGCUUUCUUCAACCAGAGUGUGGAUGAAGACCCCAUGCUGGAGUGGAGUCCUGAGGAAGGUGGACUCCUGAGCCCCCGCUACCGGUCCAUGGCUGACAGUCCUGAGUCGCAGGACAUUCCCUUGUCAGAGGCUUCCUCCACCAAGGCAUACUGUAAGGAGGCACACCCUGAAGAUCCUGACUGUGCUCUAUAACAUUCCUCCCCGUGGAGGCCACCUGGACUUCCAGUCUGGCUCCAAACCUCAUUGGAGCCCCAUAAAACCACCAGAACUGGCUGGUACCAGACCCCCAGCACCAAUUUACAGAUGAGUAGGAAAAGGAGGCUCUACAUACUGAUGUUAAAAAACAAAGCAAAACAAAAAGCCCUAAGGGGCUGAAGAGAUGCUGGGCCUGUCCAUAAAGCCUGUUGCCAUGAUAAGGCCAAGCAGGGGCUAUCUCGUCUCUGCACAGCAACCCAGCCUUUCUGUGCUGCCUUGCCUCUUCAAGAUGCCAUUCACUGAAACCUACCUUCACCCCCAUAAACCGGCAGGACGGGGGUUACAUAUGAUUCUCCUAUGGUUUCCUCUCAUCCCUUGGCACCUCUUGUUUUCCUUUUUCCUGGGUUCCUUUUGUUCUUCCUUUACUUCCCCAGCUUGUGUGGCCUUUUGGUACAAUGAAAGACAGCACUGGAAAGGAGGGGAAACCAAACUUCUCAUCCUAGGUCUAACAUUAACCAACUAUGCCACAUUCUCUUUGAGCCUCAGUUCCCAAAUUUGCUAAAUAAGAUUGCAGGACUUGCCAAGAAUCUCGGGAUUUAUCUUUCUAUGCCUUGCUGACACCUACCUUGGCCCUCAGACACCACCUCACAAGAAGCCAGGUGGGAAGUUAGGGAAUCAACUCCAAAACGCUAUUCCUUCCCACCCCACUCAGCUGAGCUAGCUGAGUGGCGUCCAGGACGGGGAGUGGGUGACCUGCCUCAUCACUGCCAUCUAACGUCCACCUGGGGUGGCUCAGAAAGAUGCUAGCUCUGGUAGGGUCCCUCCGGCCUCACUAGAGGGCGCCCCUAUUACCCUGGAGUCGACGCAGAGAAUCAGGUUUCACAGCACAGCGGAGAGUGUACUAGGCUGUCUCCAGCCCAGCGAAGCUCCUGAGGGCGUGCGU